AUGGCCGCCGCCCAGAGCCCGCAGAGCGUCGACGAGUUUUUCCCCGUCACCGAGCUGCAACAGAACGAACAGUACGUCUACGGUCGCCAACCGCGCAGCCUUCGCGAUGGCCUCGUCCUUCGCGGCCGUGACCGGGCCGAUAGCCGCAGCACGACGGCCGGUAUCGGCAUCGCCAUGACCCCCCCUCUGCAUGCCGCCCUCACGAACCUCACGUCCGGCUCGUGGCCUUCCAACGCCCCUGAGCAGGCCACCAACCACGUCCAUCUCGUCGGUUCACCCUCGCCGUCUCAUCCCUAUCUCUGCCAUCCAAGCCCGCUGCCCCGUCCCCGUCGCUUGACCCUCGACGUCGGCACCGAACGGCCCCCCCUCUCCUUGUAUCCCUCGCCCAGGCCCCUGCCCGCCGACCAUGACUUUGCCAUCCUCCCGGACGAGGACCUCUCCUUCAUCCCUCUGCUCGACGCCACGAGCGGCUCACGCCCGCCCGCCUCGAUCCUGGCCGGGCCCGACGACGUCACCCCGCGCGUCCAGCGUCGCCUCACCCCCAUGAGCUUCUCCGACGACAUGCUCAUGCGCCACCUGCGCGACUCGUACGCCGCCUGCGAUGAAGAGGAUGCCGUCGACGCCGUCGUCGGCCGCCAUCCGUCCGCCCACGCCUCCGCCCACGUCUUCGGUGACGUCGCCCGGAGGAGCGCCGACGUCGACACGUCGACGCCCUUUGCCGACUUCGCCGCCUACGAGCGCGAGAGCUACCUGAGCACCACCUUCGAGGUCUACGAGCUUGCCGACGAUGCUUCGGCCCGCAAGAUGAGCCUUGAUCUCGUUGACGGCCCGGCCUCGACUCUCAGGCAUUCCGCCGAAGGCCCGUCGCACGAGAUGACGGCCGACGGCAUCGUCGAUGCCCCGACCGUCUGGGAGGCCAUCAAGCGUGUCAACGCUGACGGCGAAGCCGUCGGACGAAUCACCAUCGUCCAGGAGCCGACGCCCCUCAUCCUCGCCGCUCUCCACCUCACCAUGUCUCCUCACUUCGACAUGGCCGAGCUCUUGGGCCACCUGCUCUCCGAGGGCCCCAACCGCGGUCGCACGCAUGCCUUCAUGCACCGCGCCUUCGAGCCUCCUUCUUCGACCAUCCCCUACCCUCCUUGCCACCACCACCACACGACCCCCUCCCUCGACACGACGGCCUCGCCAACCCCCCCUACCCCUCCUGCCUCGACCUUUGUCCACCUCCGCCAGCGCUCCUUCUUCUUCGUCUUCAAGUACUACACCUCCGUCGGCGAGGGUCUCGAGCCGGCCCCUUGGCAGCGUUUCGACAAACGGCCCAUCCACAAGCGCCUCGGCGACCACAUCGACAUUGCCGACUGCAGCUCUGUCCUCGCCCUCUCCCUCGGCGGCGAUCCCACGAAGCCCCUGCGCAUGCGCCACAGGAGGGAGCGUGCCAAGGAAGGUUUCCUCUUCGACACCUUUGGUCCCUGGCACCUCCUCAGCAUCCAAUCCUUCCCGGACGACCAGCACACCGUCCGCGGCGAGGACUUUCAGCGCAAGAGCUUCUACAACGGCCCCUACGCAUUUCUUGACCUCCUCACAUCCGAAUAUCGGGAUGCCGGAAAGCGGAACCAGAUUCUCCACGACCGCAUCACCAAGCUCAUUACCCCUCCGACCGAGUUCAUGUUCGACCGCCGCCUCCGCGACAAACUCCUUUUCGAAGACAAGCACUUCACUUACAUCCGCCGCUACUUCUGGGCCUAUAAUACCCUCGCCGUCAUCAACACGGGCAUCAAGGCCAUGAUCGCCGCCUACGUCGACACCUUCACUGACGAUUUCUGGGCCGGCACCCACCCCUUGCUCUGGCCACACCCGAGCCCGACCUGCGCCGAGGGCCAGGCUUACCGCGACAAGAUGGCCCUGCUGCGCCGUGAGCUGGACAAAGUCGUCGCGGAGCUGGGCGAGGUCCUCAAACGCAACGAGCGCACCCGCAAGGAGAUAGAGAAUCUGAGAGACCAACUCUUCAGCGGGAGCUCUAUCAAGGAGAGCAGGAGGGCCAUCGACCAGGGUGAUAACAUCCAGAUCCUGACCACCAUCAGCAUGGUGUUUUUGCCUCUGACCUUUGUAACCGUGAGUCCACGAGCCGCAUCCUCUCGCCUUUCGCCAGCAAGGUACAGUACGGUGGAGGGAAAGCCCCUGUUGACAUGCUCACAGUCUGUAUUCGGCAUCACCCAAUUCACUAUUCCCGCCACCGACUGGCGCUUCCCCCUGACCAUGGUCCUCGUCUGUGUACCCUUCAUGCUCGUCGUCCUCCAUUUCCAGACGCGCAGUUUCACCGUCCUCUCUCGAGCGCUCCACGCCGCCGCGACUUACAUCGCCUCUCGCUUCCGCGAUCAUCAACCUUCGUUGCCCUCGCCGACGGGACCCCCUUCAGCAUUACCCGCCAGCCGGUCCACUGCCGGCCGCAAGAGGAGGCUUCUCGCCGAAGCGGGCGGUAGAGCCGCUGGGAACCCUGGUCGCUGGAGGUGGCUGUGGCCGAAGAAGAGGGUCGGCGAGGCGGGGGCGGGAGGGGGGGAGGAUAUGGAUCUGGCAAAGGUGUGA